AUGAACGCUCCGCAUCGUCCUGCGGCCCAGCCCGUGGCUCUUCCGCCGCAGCGGCCACAGGUUGGCAUUGAGCGCUUGCCUGCGCGGAACGUCAACUCGGAGCCUCGUGAGUCGAUGAAUUGCAAGUCGUGCCGGAAGCGAAAGGUGAGUUUUCACUUCUCGUCUGACACGGAGUCUUUCCUCUUUAUCAAGUGUAAUCGUCUUCGUCCUUCUUGCGAGGCGUGUCUGGUGUUUCAAUGCCCGUGUAUAUACGAUGCCGUACCGAAGAAGCGAGGGCCAAAGACUGACGUCUUGGAGGCUCUCUUGAAAAGAGUGGACGGGUUGGAAGCCAAGCUGAAGGAGAAGAAUGCCGAGAGCGAACAGCCAUCGUCUUCGUCAGUAUCGACGACGCAAGACCCUCCAGCAGCUGAAGCAUCGACAAAGAGGCAGCCAGCCGAGCGAGAUGCCAUAGAACCUGUUGCCAAGCGACGGGCGACUGAGGAGAAGACGAUGGCGAUGACAACACCUAAUGUCACAGAGCUGCCGCUUUUUUCCCCACAGACGUCGACGACUGGAGACCCCGCCACACCUGCCGUACAGACAGAUGCUCUUCUCGAUACCUAUUUCAAUCGCUUCCACAACAAGCCUUUCCACAUCGUGGAUGAAACAUUGAUCCGGAAACGCAUCCAACUCAACCAGCUUCCCCCCUUUCUAUUCAACGCCAUUGCCGCCGUCGCCGCAAGGCAUACACCGCAUCCCAAUGGGUUUCGAGCAGCUGUCAAACUGGGCGAUGACUAUGCCUCUCGUGCUAGGAGCGCCAUCGACAUCGAUGAGCCUUCCAUUGACAAUCUCCAAGCAAUUGUCCUGUUGGCGAUUGCAUAUACCGCCUCAGGCAAGGGGAGGAAAGCUUUCAUGCUAAUAACCAACGCUAUUGGCAUGAUCAUGGCACUCGAACUCCAUCGUGAGAUGGACUCACAGGCACACAUAUCACCGAUGGAAAGGGAAACUCGAAGACAGCUCUUCUGGUCAUGUUACCUAUUAGAUCGCUUCUCGGCAUCUGGUUCAAAGCGUCCAUCACUUAUCGGCGACGAUUGUAUUGCUCUGCGGCUUCCCUCAUGGUCCCCAGUGGUUUCUGGAAUGCCUGUGAACGGCGAUUUCUUCAUCUGUGGAUCCAAUUUGCAGUACUUCCAGGGCAGCGGCAAAAAAUCCCAGGGCACUUCGGGCAUGCUCAUCGACAUUACGCGCAUCCUAGGUGUGACAAACCGAUAUCUUGCAGCUGGGGGUGUUAAAGGCGACUCACAUUUCCCUUGGCACUCGCUGUCAAACCUAUCCAAAAUCAGACAAGACUUGGACGUCUGGGCCUCUGGCACAGAUGGCGUCUUUGCCUCGACAGACGUUCUUUUCGGCCAGACCGACUCAACUGUUCUCGUAUUAUGCAAACUCAUCUACCAUCUUAUUCACUGUUUGAUUUACCGACCCUUCCUCCCCAUCAGCCUCGCCGAAUUAGCCGGAAAUGGACAACAUCAGUCCUGGCAAAUUGAGGCAACCAACAUGUGCUUCUUCCAUGCAAACGCCAUCACAGAGCUGGCAGAAAUGGGUAGGCAGAUGCAGAGUAUUGAGUGGCCGUCAUUUGUCGGCUACUGUAUCUGCACCGCCGGCACCGUUCAUAUCCACGGCGCGCAUUACGGCAAGCAAGGCACCAGCGGCGAGAUGAGCGUCUUCAGCUCCUCCGCAGACUUCUUAUCACGCGAGAUGCAGUUCUUGAGCGAUCUGCGGUUUACCUGGGCCAUUGUUCAGCACCAACGAGAUAUGCUCCGACGAUUAUACGAGGCUCACCGAGAGCUAGUAAAGACGCUUACCGGAAACGCGAUGCGAUAUACCCCCGGGUUCCAGCUCGAGGACUUUUUCGACAGAUAUUCUAACAUUGGAGGGCCCGGCGGACCAACUUUCCACUUCGACACAGCCAACCUUAGCUUGGCGGACGAACUGGUUGACUACUCCAACGAGCCGACGCCCUUGUCUGACGUGCAAUCCCCUUGGCCUACGGAGAACAGGCCGAGCCACAAACGGAAGAAUACACCACAAUCCUCCCUCCAGGGCAUUCCUCUGCCCCUCACUCCUACCAUGUCGGUGACGAGCUACCCCCGCCAAACUAUACCGAUGCAGCCCGGGUUGAUGGCCGCCCCGUCAAAUCCUGCUGUCGCUGCCAUGGCUGAGAUGAUGCCCACACACGUGGAUCCUCAGCAGCAACAACAUCACAUGAGCACCAUGCGCAGCACUGUGGACGUCAAUUCGGCCUCUCAUCCAGCUAUGGCCGGCUUUGGUCUUUCGCAUCCUGCUCACGCAGGUGCAGGCCCAGGUAUGGCUGCCAUGGGCGGCAUGCCAUUUAGUCCCACAUUCACCUAUAACCUUGCAUCUUCCCAGAAUGCACCGAGCGUAUCUCAGCAGCCAGCCAUCAACGAUACCAGCGGCGGAUUCGACAUCAUGUUUGGAACAUUAUCGGCCAGUGCUUAUGGCAGCCCUGCUACAUGGCAGGCAGGAGUUAGCCAGACCACUCCAGGCGCUACGGCUCCUAGCCCAAGCAACAAGAGCAAUACGGGUAGCACUGGCACGACGGGCGGCGACGAGAAAGAUCCCUUUAUGAGCUUGUUGGAACAGCUUGCCAACGACGAGCAGAGACAGAACAGUGGACUGAAGAGCGAGCUUGAUUUCUUCUUGUCGGGCACAGGCAAUUCUUCAUGA